AUGCCGGAGGACCCAUCGAUGAUUCCCGUCAAGCCCGAGAUCGCGCAGCGUGCUCAUGUUCCCUCGAUGGACGACUACCGGCGGCUCUACCAGGCGUCACUCGAGGAUCCGCAGGCUUUUUGGCUCGAUCAGGCGGAGCGGCUGAGCUGGUUUCAGCCGCCGGCGGUGGCUGGCGACUGGGAUUACCACAGCGUCGACAUCUCGUGGUUUGCCGGCGGCCAGCUCAACGCUUGCUACAACUGCGUCGACCGCCAUGCCCACAGCCAGCCGGACAAGACGGCGAUCAUCUGGGCCGCCGACGAGCCCGGCGAAUACACCCACAUCAGCUAUCGCCAGCUGCAGCGCGAGGUUUCUCGAGUCGCCAAUGUGUUGCUGGCUCACGGGGUAGAGCGCGGCGAUCGAGUGUGCAUCUACCUGCCGAUGAUCCCCGAGCUGGCCUACACCAUGCUGGCUUGUGCGCGGAUUGGCGCGGUGCACUCGAUCGUCUUCGCCGGCUUCUCGGCCGAGGCCUUGCGCGACCGGAUCGUCGAUGCCCACUGCAAGGUGGUAGUGACCGCCAACCAAGGACUGCGGGGCGGCAAGCAGAUUCCGCUCAAAGACACCACCGACCAGGCGGUGGCGGAGCUCGAUUUUGUCGACUGCGUGUUGGUGGCGCGGCGCACCGACCAUGCGCCGGCGAUGCAGGUGGCCGUGACUAUUGGCUCGACGAAGAAGCCGCAGCAGCGGGCGGUGUGCCCGGCGGUCUGGAUGGAUGCCGAGUCGCCGCUCUAUAUCCUCUACACCUCGGGCUCGACCGGUCAGCCCAAGGGCGUGCUGCACACCACCGGCGGCUACCUGGUCUAUGCCUCGCUGACCCACCAGAUCGUCUUCGAUAUCCACGACGACGAUGUCUACGCCUGCGUAGCCGAUAUCGGCUGGGUGACCGGCCACAGCUACAUCAUCUACGGGCCGCUGGCCAACGGCGCCACCACGGUGAUGUUCGAGUCGACCCCGACUUACCCCGACGCCGGGCGCUACUGGCAGCUAGUCGACGACCUCGGCAUCACCGUGUUCUACACCGCGCCGACGGCGAUCCGCGCCAUCGCCCGCGAGGGUAGCGAAUGGGUCGAGAAGCACAGCCGCCAGAGCCUGCGGGUGCUGGGCACGGUCGGUGAGCCGAUCAACCCCGAGGUUUGGCAGUGGUACCACGACGUGGUCGGCAACGGACGUUGUGCGAUCGUCGAUACCUGGUGGCAGACCGAGACCGGCGGGAUCUUGAUUUCGCCACUGCCUGGUGCCAUCGCUGCCAAGCCGGGCUCGGCGACGUUGCCUUUCUUCGGGAUCGAACCGUGUUUGGUGGACGAGGACGGGCACGAGAUCGAGGGCAACGACGUACGCGGCAACCUGUGCAUGAAGCGCUCUUGGCCGGGCCAGGCACGGACCAUCUACGGCGACCACGGGCGUUUCAAAGAGACCUACUUCAGCCAGUAUCCCGGCCUCUACUUCACCGGCGACGGCUGCCGGCGUGACCAGGAUGGCUACUACUGGAUCACCGGCCGGGUGGAUGACGUCCUGAAUGUCUCCGGCCACCGGCUGGGCACUGCCGAGGUCGAAAGUGCUUUGGUGGCGCACGAGGCGGUCGCCGAGGCGGCGGUGGUGGGCUGCCCCCACGACAUUAAGGGCACUGGGGUCUUCGCCUACGUGCUGAUAACUCCGGCUUACGAAUCGACCCCCGCCGACGAGUUGGUGGCCACCCUGCGUGCCCAAGUCGCCAAAGUCAUCGGCCCGAUUGCCAAGCCGGAUGACAUCCAGAUCUCCCCCGGCCUGCCGAAAACCCGCUCGGGCAAGAUCAUGCGCCGCAUCCUGCGCAACAUCGCCGCCGGUGCCUACGACGACAUGGGCGAUAUCUCCACCCUGGCCGAUCCCGGGGUCGUCGAGCAAUUGAUCGCAGCCCACAAGGGCAGCUAA